AUGUAUUUCGACGAUACCGGGCUAGCUGUUGUGGCUCCCACAGAAAAUCAGGGAAUAGUUGGAAUUGAAGAUGAUUAUGUUCAAACACAGUGUAUUCUGGCUGAUGGAGGUGAUAGAUUUGGAGUUUCUGCUCUCACAUUUGACAAACAUGAAGAAUUGCUGUGGAUGGGAAAUCAGGGAGGCCAUGUAACAUCUUAUUUAGCUCCAACAAUGUCAAAAUAUACAUCAUUCCAAAUACAUGCAACUGAAGAUGUGAGACAAAUUCUAACAAUUGAUGAGGGUAUCUUGGUACUUACUGCUAGUGCUCUGCGAUACCAAAUCAGGAGAGGCAUUCCAGUUUAUACACACCUAUCUAUGAAUAUGAAUGAAAUGCAAUGCAUGUUACAAAUGUCAUCAAGCAGAUUCAUCAUUGGGGGUCAUCAGGAUAAACUCAUUGAUUUUAAUUUAACAGCUUGCAAAGAGAGCAUGGUGAUAGAUUUAGGUGAGGGUUGCGUCAUGUUGAGGCCCCAUAGUAGAUUUGUCUGUGCUGGCAAUCCAUUAGGCCGAAUCGAUUUACGAGAUCCUAACAGUCUCGACGUUGAGCACACCAUUGAAACUCAUACAGGAAGCUUGAGUGAUUUUGAUGUACAAGGGAAUCUUUUGGUAACAUGUGGAUUCAGUAAUAGACAUAAUUCAUUGGCUGUUGAUAGAUAUCUGAUGGUUUAUGAUCUGAGAAUGCUCAGGGCUGUAUCACCAAUGCAAACCGUAAUUGAUCCAUUUUUCCUAAAAUUCAUACCAUCAGCAUCGUCUAGAUUGGCAGUUGUAUCGGCAAUUGGACAAGUACAGCUGCUUGAUACAAUAACUCUGGCAGAGCCUCGAAUAAGUCUUUUGCAGAUGGAGAAUCCAGGUGCCCUGUGCCUGACCUUCGACAUAUCGGCCAGCGGUCAGACGAUGUCGUGCGGUGACAACACCGGCCACAUGCACGUGUUCUCGUGCGCCGGCGCCACUGAACCGGUCGUCAACAGCUAUUCGCGCCCCUGCGAGAUGCCCGACACGCCGGCCGUCUAUCCGCACUUCGGCAUCGACGAUUACGGCACGCCGCUGUCGGUGAUCCCGAUGCCGAUCGUGCCGCCCGAGGUGCCGCUCGCGUCCGAUUGGCCGCCGCAGUUCGUCAGCAAGGUGUACCGGAGACCAGUUGGUAUUGAUCCAGAGAUUUUAAGAACCAUGAAAAUGCAGGGUCCAAUCGGAUACGCUCCCAAUCCGAAAACAAUAAGGCGAAAUCAAGUAUUGUAUGAUUUUGGACAAAACGGUUACACUCCGCCUUUUGCAGCUGCUAACCGGAGUCCAAUACAUCAUGAAGACAAUGUUUUCAUAGCAAUUCCUAAAAGGUAUCGGAAAGUCGAUGUUAGAUACAAUAAAAUGGGUACCGAAGAUUUUCAGUUCGAUCAAUUCAACAAGAGCGGCUUUUCCGGAUUAGAAGCCACAUUACCCAAUUCCUAUUGUAAUGCAAUGAUACAGGUUUUGUACUUCACUGAGCCACUACGAGCAGCUUUGUUGUCACAUCUGUGUACUAAGGAAUUUUGUCUGUCCUGUGAACUCGGUUUUCUCUUCCACAUGUUGUACACUUCCUCACAAAAUCAGCCAUGCCAGCCCGGUAAUUUCCUUAGGGCCUUCAGGACUGUCCCAGAGGCAUCCGCGUUGAGUUUGAUACUGAGCGAUCUGCAUCCCGAGGCCAAGCAAAAAAUCGAACUUUCUGGUUUAAUUCAGAGCUGGAACAGGUUCAUAUUGCACCAGAUGCACGUAGAAUUGUCCGAAAACAAGAAGAAGAACGAGGAGAGAAAAAUCAAUAGGAAACCGUUCGUUUAUAAAGAAGUCGAUUUUCCGAGUAUUUCUUACGAACGAAAUAAGGAGAAGAGGCUCUCUGGAGAAGAAAUCGACAUCAAAAUAGAGGAUGAAAAACGAGAAGACGUAUCGGAAAUAAGUCAGCUGUUUGGUUCGAAACGGUUGCAAAUGAACUGCUGUUUGAAAUGUGCAAAUGAGGUGAGGAAGGAGUCGGUAUUGUUGGCUUGCAACUUGGUCUAUCCGACUCUCGAACCAGACAGGGAUGAGUGGAGUUUUUGUGAUAUUCUGAAGAGGUCUUUCUGUCCCCAACAAACAACACCGGCUUGGUGCGAAAAAUGUUCGAAGUUCUCGCCUACCUCACAGUCCAGAAUAUUACAGUCCCUUCCCAACGUUCUGGCGAUCAACACUGGCCUCCACGUGCCGCAGCACAAGCAGUUCUGGCAGACGCAGAUGGACAAGGUAGUUGCGCGCGUGCAGCACUCCGACCUGGCCAAUCGGCGUUCGGCCACGCCCACUGCCGCGCUAGGAUCGUCGAAACCGUGCCGGUACGGCGAUCACUGCUCGAGGCCGGGGUGCCGGUUCCGGCACAGUUUCGAUAGCGCUCCUUUCGCGCCGCCGGCGAAUAACCCGUACUGCAGCAACAACUGGCUGCCGCACGGGAUCGAGCUGGAGUUAAGGGAGGGGGAGCUGGACGUGAGGAAGGAGGAAGAGGGCGAGAAGGAAGAGGAAUCAUCCAUGAAAGAAAACGUGGAAUCCAAACGGCGGUACGCGCUAUCAGCAGUCGUUUGUUACAUCAACGAUCAAACGUCCAGCGACAAACGCAACCUCGUGUCCUUGAUAAAGGUGCCCAAGGCGUACUUUUUGGAACGCGACAAAGAGCCGAACGACUAUCAGUGGUAUCUCUUCAACGAUUUCAGCAUCAGUCCAUUGAUGGCGACCGAAGCGGUUUGGUUCAGCUUAGAUUGGAAGGUGCCUUGCGUGCUCUACUAUUCGGCUGUGAGCAUGCUGGAUGCUAGGAGUGAGAUCACGAAUCCGUUGUCGAGGGAUGUUUUUAACGAAGACGAAUGCAUAGCUAGAAGCGGUGGCACGAAAGGUAUCACUUUCACUCCACUCCACGACGAUGAGAUUCUCAAGCAAAGUGAUUUGGUCGCCAUGGAUGCGGAAUUCGUUACUCUCAAUCAAGAAGAAGCCGAAUUGAGAAGCGACGGUAAAAUGUCGACUGUCAAACCGUCGCAAAUGUCUGUCGCUAGGAUAACAUGUAUCAGGGGGAGUGGCCAACUUGAAGGAACACCGUUCAUCGACGAUUACAUAUCUACCCAAGAACAAGUUGUUGACUAUCUAACGAAAUUUUCUGGAAUAAAACCAGGAGAUUUGGAUGCGAAUUUCAGUUCCAAACAUCUUACAACGUUGAAGUCUACUUAUACAAAAUUGAGAUAUCUUCAGGAUAGUGGAGUGAUUUUUGUCGGACAUGGAUUGAAAAAUGAUUUUAGGGUGAUAAAUUUGGUGGUAUCUCCUGAUCAAGUGGUAGAUACUGUCCAGUUAUUCCAUUUACCUCAUCAUAGAAUGGUAUCUCUUCGCUUCCUGGCGUGGCAUUUUCUGGGGAUCAAAAUCCAGUCAGAAACACAUGAUUCAGUGGAAGAUGCUAGAGCAGCACUUCAGCUGUACAAAAAAUACAAGCAAUUAGAAAAGCAAUCUAAAAUUGGAGAUGCAUUGGCCGAAUUAUAUGAAACUGGUAAACGUCUCAACUGGAAGGUGCCGGAAGAUUAGUAGUUGAAUUGAAUAAAUUAAGUUAUGAUAUUGAAGCAGUUAGGUAAGUCGGGAGAAAGAAACUUGAGAUAUUUAUGUACGCGCUAGAAAAACAAACCCUCAAAAGACCAAUUUAUUGCUAUUUUCAAGUAGGUAAUUUCGUCCCAUUUUCAUACACACGAAAGCGUUUUGUGAUUCCAUUUGAAUUCCAUUAUUUGUCGGUAGUCAUGUAAAGUUAUUGCUGCUGGUGUUUAUCGAGCAAAGAAACAGUCUCAAGAUUCAUGGAUAAUCUAUUUGCUAUUAUUUUAUCUCGAAAAUAUAUUCUAAAAACCCGUUAAAUAAUUUUGAAUAUGGAAUACAGAUCGACCGUUUUUCGAUCUUCAUCAUGAGGUUCUGAGUUAUUUUUAUUCAGAGUUAUUCUCAACUAAUACAUAUAAAAUUGAGAAAUGAUAUCAGUAUACAUUUUUAUGACUAAUAUAAUUCAAAAAUGUUUCCUUGAAAGUUGUAUUAUUAGAUUUUUUGAUUCAGACAUUCCAACUGUUCCAAAUUGCGUCCAUCAUUUGCAAUUUAUCAUUAUGGACCUAUAUUCAUUGUCAAUCAUUAAAAUCAUUCUCAUGUAAAUUCAACAUAACUUAUAACUAAUAGGAAACGAUUUGUACAAACAUUUUUCCUGAUAAUUAUGUUCAUGGCUCAGUUUCAUAAUAGUAUUUUUCAAAUUUCACGUAAUACCUCGGAAAACAAUAAACUUCAUUAUUCAUAGUUUUCGAAUUGAUAAAAAGAAAUGAAAAAAGUGAACCCAAUUUCUCAACAAAGUAUGGCGUAUGACUAAUAAUAAAUCACUACAACACCACUGCAAAAAACCCUACCCACAAAUAUUGCAGAUAAUCGAACAUAAUCAGUGUACGAACUAUUUGAAAUAAUUAACAACAAUCUAGAUAUUUUCAUCUUAAUUUAUUGAAACUGAUUUAGAUAAAUGUGCUCGAUAAUAUCCUGUCAAAUUAGAAAUGAUAAUCACUGGUAUUUUUGAAAAGUGCUAUGAAAUAUAGAAUUGUCUGUUUGUAGGAACCCUAUUCUAAAUAGUUUUCAAGAUACUCACACUGGCAAUAUUCAUUUGAAUGAUCGAAGUGAUAUUGAACUUUUUUCUACGUGGAAAUACUUUUCGAUAAUAAAAAAUGUUGAAUGUUUAAAUCAUGAAAAUCAUCCAUGUCUCAAAGUGGUCCCAUUAGUUUCAAAAAAGACAAACGAGAAGCUCACACUUUAUAUAGGUAAAAAACAUCAACAAUAUGUAACCGGUUUCGGCGCUAAGGCCAUCAUCAGACAAUAAAAAUAUGAGUACCUUUGAGGAAUUUACAUGAUAAUGAUCCAGAGAAGGAAGGAAAACAAAACACCCAAUAGUACAGAAGGUCCAGACAUCUUGAAAAAUAUCAAAAAAAUAAUCCAUGUAGAACACGUGCAUCCAGAAAAAACUGGUUCUGAUAAGGUUAUACAUGGUCACCAGAAUAAGAAAAUGUUGAAAACUUCUCAAACUACAUUAGAGAACAGCAGCAGUAUGAAAAUAAAAUAUCAAAAUUUGACAAGACAAAGACAUUGACAGUUCAGCACAAGACUGAAAGUUAAUGAAUGAACAGUCAUAGAAUAACACCAUGGACUUCAAGUUGUAAGUAACAAAGUGGGAAAGAAACCAGUGAUGAAGAGAAGACUAAUAGUGUAGAGUUUGUUGAACAAAAAGAAAUCAGUAAUAGCGAAAGAAACAAACAACAACAAGAAGACGAAGAGUGAAGAAAAUGUAUCUUCGGAUUCAAUCAGUGGCGGAGCCGCAGAUGAGUAAAACUGGAAAAACAGGGUUCAGGGGGGAAGGUUUAUGAACUUUACGUCUCUAUAUAUAUUUCAUAACCCUGGCUGUUCCCUAAUGUAGUUUGAAACGUUUUGAACUUUUUCUUAUUCUGAUCACUAUGUAUAACCUUAUCAGAGGCAGUUUUUUCUGUCUCUUUAGCAAAUUCAAAAAACCUAUUUGGUACUUGUAUCUGAUAGCCCGAUGAUGAAAAUGCACGUGUUCUACAUGGAAAAAUAUUUUGAUAUUUUUCAAGAUGUCUAGACCUUCUGUACUAUUUGGUAUGUUUUGCUUUCUUUCCUUCUCAGGACCAUUAUUGUUAUGUAGCGCUGAAAUCGGUUACAUAUUGCUAAUGUUUUUUACCUAUAUAAAGUGUGGAUGGCGACUUUGUGAAUUUCUCGUUUGUCUUCUUUGUUGAAUGUUUAUUACUGUCUUGACUUUUCAUCAAGAUAUAACACUUUGAUCCUGCCUUCAUACUAGUCAGAUAUUUUAUACAUAUAUUUAUACUAAUAGAAUUGAAUCUAUGUCAAUGAACUUACGAAAUUCGAAAUAAUAACGUUGUCAAGGAUAGAAAUAAAAAAUAAUCAUUGAACUGAAGGCAAACAUAUUUGAAUUGUCCAUCAGAUCCCGCUUCUGGAACUUGAGGCCAAGGUUGUUAGGAUGAAUAGUAUAUUUCUUCUUUCGUUCCUCUUACUAUAUACUUCUUUACAUAUUUGUAAAACUUCCCUAAAAAUUCCAUGGGUCGUUCAGUGUGUUGUGACUAUAUCAAAAUUCUGAAAAGGUUCUGACAUAAUUAUGAAGGUUAUUCCUCAAUUUUCUUCAUAACGCUUCAUAACCGUGAUACAGAGCGUUGAAGUUUUUCAAGAGAUUUUCAUGAGAAUUAAAUAUCCUUGAUAGAUAGAUGGACCCUUUUUGAAUAAGUCACUGACUAAAUUUCAAUAGAAAACCUUUAUCAGGAUUUCGUGGUAGGAUAAUGUAUGGGGAAUAAUUUAUGAAAGUUUGUACUGUAUCACAAAAUCCGCGGAGAAAUUCGUGUCAUAUAUGAGCAUUAUCGAUAUUGAAUAAUUUUGUAAGCAAUUCAAAUCAAGACCUGCAAAAAUCGAAUUAUUCUAUGGACCAUCAAAUGAGCAUUUUUAAUUACAUCAUAGUGAAUUCUGCAAACAGUAUUUGCCAACUUAUUCAUAUUUCAUGAGAGUGUUUAAGGAUGUAUUGAAAUCUAGUCCGCGAAUUACUCAAAUAUCACACCCUGUUCAUUGAACUAAUUCAACAAAUAUGCGUCAGUGUAGUACACAACUUAUUUGAGCGAUGUAUUUUCCAAGAAUAUUGAAAUAUUCAUAAAAUUGUAAACAAGAAUAUCUCCUUCAGAGUUUUAGAG